AUGGACGGAAUCAGACAGCUGGAAGAUUAUGCUGAACAACUCACGGCGUCCGUCAAGAUACUAGCUCAGCACUGCCGCGGCGAAGGCUCUUUAGGCCAACUGUUGGCUGCCUCCGACACUCCCAAAAACGUUACCGAAGCGCGGGUCAACAUCCUAGCCAGCGUGGGUGGCAUCAAAGCCCUGAUUGGGAGUCCGAUCGACUUUCUCCAGCACCUCGCGAGCCAGGUCGAGAUCGUUGCCUGUCUUCGGUGGCUAGCUGAAUUCCAGAUUCUCGCCUGCAUCCCGCCUGAGGUUAGCGUGCCGAUCACAGAUCUCGCGGACCUUACCGGGAUCCCAGAACAGCAACUCUCAAGGGUCACUCGUUUAACUGCGACACAUGGACUCCUCCGCGAACCGAAACCUGGAUUCGUGGCACACACUCCGCUGUCGGCACAAUUUACGGCGGAGCAGUCGCUCCUCGAUGCCGUCGUCUUCAUGGCCGAGUCAGUAGCGCCCGCAGCGCUGCAGAUGGCGUCAGCAACGCAACGCUUCGGGGCAACGCGCAGCCCGACCGAGUGUGCUUACAACCUCGCUAUGAGCACUGUGCGGCCCUUCCAUGUCGCUCGCCAGGAAUCCUCCAAGCUCGACCGUCAGUGGUCGGCUUAUCUUUGCCAUGCAGCCGGUCUGCAACAAGAAGAUGCCCUCGUCGACGCACUUUCGCGGCUGAGCUGGGCGAACCUUGGCAACGCCUGCAUCGUCGAGGUCGGCGCACAGUCGACUUCCCUCGCACGACGUCUCGCGCGGCGAUUUCCGGGCUUACGACUGGUCGUGCAGAUCAAUAAGACGCAUGGCACGACGGUGAACCCGGACUGCAUGUGGCAGGGGGCCAUGGCACCAUGCGGGGCAGCAGCAGCAAGCAUGGACCGAGCAAGUCCGUCCGACGCAGACGCCGAGACGGACAGUGACGGGCUGAGCGAGCGCAUCACAGUGAGCUACCGCACUCCAGGCAUGCCGCAGCCCGUGGCAGACGCCGCCGUCUACGUUCUCCACACCCCCGUGGCGGGCCCGAGAUCCCCGAGCGGGGCCGUGGGGGUGGCGAUCCGGGCCGAGUUGCAGGGCCAUCUCGGCUUCCUACGAACGACGGGCGGCGUCAUGCUUAUCUUGACCACCCGCCUCCUUCCCGACCCGGGGAGCAUACCGGACCGUGAGGUCGAGGCCGUCGCCCGCACCCGCGAUCUCAACAUGCUCCAGCUGACCAAUGAUGGCGAGAUGGAGAUGACGGAGCUGCUCGCUAUCAUCGAGUCCGUGGGCGAUACGACCGGGAAGCUCGCUAUCUGCAACGAGCUCCGCUCUCCAAAGGGCCUCAUCUUGGCCCUCGCCGUGAAACACCAACCGUACUGA